AUGCGUGCUCCUGUGGCCACACCUACGGUAAGCACGGCGCAGCCCCUGAGUCUGACUGUUACUACGGCUGCUCCGGCGGGUCAGGUGGGAAGUGUGGAGGAGACUACAGGAACACUGUUUGGGAUAUCGAUAACCAAGUGCACCUUAGCUUCCGGUGGCACCGGUGGAACUACAGGCGACAACCUGCAGUUGGUGUUCGAGGACAACUUCGACACCUUUGACACGAGCAAGUGGAGGGCGGAGGUCACCGCUGGGGGUGGUGGGAAUGAGGAGUUCCAGUAUUACAUGAGCCACCCUGACAACCUGUACGUUCAGAAUGGGAACCUCUACCUCAAACCGACACUGGCUGCCGAGCACUAUGGAGAAGAGUUCCUCACAUCUGGGUACAUCGACUUCUGGCACGGUUACAACUACAUCGGUUGUUUCAAUGACGGGGGAGACCAGGACCUGACCGCCAGUCUACUGACUGCUGGCGACAUGAACCCUGGGAAAUGUGUGACGCACUGUGCUAAUGGAGGAUACGAGUACUUCGGGCUGAAGGGGACAGAAUGUCGCUGUGAUAACAGCUACGGAAGUUUCGGCCGCGGACACGGGUGCCACAUCUCCUGCCCGGGGGAUAGUGGAAAGGAAUGUGGCGGAAAUGGCGUCACUUCCGUUUACGGGCAAACAUACGGCGACUGCACUCAGGACUUCCCUCAAGGACGGGCAUGCUUCCUACAGGGCUCUUCAAACGCCCCCCUCCCACCCAUCCAGUCUGCCAGGGUCACCACUGCUGAUAGUUUCACCUUCAAGUACGGGAAGGUGGAGGUCUGGGCUAAGGUGCCGACAGGAGACUGGAUUUGGCCAGCAAUCUGGCUGCUUCCAAGGGAUAACGUGUACGGAGGCUGGCCGGCUUCGGGUGAAAUCGACAUCAUGGAAUCCAGAGUAUUCUUCAGCUGUCUGACCCAAUCUCUGUGGACACGUGGCAUGUUUUGCAUGCAUGACUCCAAUUCUUCUUUCACUUUUGCUCACACAGGAAACCGGAACCUGUACGGAUCCUGGGGCGGAUCCAUCGGAGUUGACGACAUGGGGUCUACUCUGCACUGGGGGCCGAGAUGGCCCUACAACGGCUACCACUUGACAACCAAUUCAAAGCACGCCAAGUUCGGUACUUAUGGUAGUGACUUCCACAAGUGGGUGAUGACGUGGACAGACACCUAUCUCCGGGUUGAAGUUGACGAUGAAGAAGUCUUGCUGGUCUCCCCUCCGACUGGGUUCUGGGAUUACGGUAACUUCGGUCUUCCGUCUAACGAGAACCCGUGGGCCGGUGGUAACAAGAUGACACCGUUUGACCAAGAGUUCUACCUGAUCUUCAACGUUGCUGUCGGAGGUACUAAUUCCUACUUCCCGGACAACGCGAACAACCAGCCGUACCCGAAACCCUGGAACAACGGUAACUCCCGUGAGGGCGCCAUGAGGGACUUCUGGAACGCCAAGAACCAGUGGUACCCCACCUGGAACGGCGAUGACGUCGCCAUGCAGAUCCAGUCCGUCAAAGUCUGGAAAUUCGUCUAAACAUAUCG